AUGGCAAAUAUCCCAGCUCAUGUAAUUACAAUACAUUCUUAAAAAUAUGAUCCUCCUCUUCAAAAAAUAGAAAAAACACCAAAAUUACCUAUAUCAGAAAUGAAACUAAUAGAUGUUGAAGAAUUAAUGGAAAAUAAAAAUAUGAAUAAUUAAUACAUUAUUGUCUAAGUAUAUUAGAUUGAUUGGAAAAAUAGCAAUCAAUAUUUAAUUGUUAGAGAUUUUAAUGAAAUAUGGCUCAAUUUAACAAUUAUGGAAUAAAAUAAAUCAUGCAAUUACUAAAUUAAUGAUUGGUUAAUUGUCAAAAAUCCAAUACUAAUGGAAUUUGGAAUAAUUAUUUAAGAUUAAUUAGAUGUUAUUGCUAUUAAUGAAUUCACAUAUUAAGCCAUGAUUAAUUCAGAAACUGAUUAAACAGAACCAAUUUAGCUUAAAGAAAAAGGAAAUCAAUAUUUUAAAUUAUAAUAAUAUCGAUUAGCUUAUGAAGUCUAUUCUAUGGUUAUUAUAUAUGAUCAUAUUAAUAAAACAAAUUUAAUAUUAGAAUAAUGUUACAAUAAUAGGGCCUAAUGUUUAUAUCAAUUAGGUUAUAUCUAAGAGUCUAUUGAUGACCUUAAUUAAGUUUUAAAACUAAACCCUUAAAAUGAGAAGGCAAUUUAAAGGUAAGCAUUAUGUUAUCUUAAAUUGCAGAAUCCAAAUGAUGCCAAGAAAUUAUUUGAGUCACUUCCAAAUAAUAAAACAGAUAAAGAUAUAGUAUUCAAAUUAGUUGAAUGUGAAUUAAUGAUUAAACAUCAAUCUGGUAAUAUUGAUCUAAUUUCAAUACUAAAUUAAUUCGUAAAUUAACAAUAAUUUUACUUUGAAAAUAUAAAUAACUAUAGACACAAAAGUAUAGAAAGAAAGAAAAGUAAUUUAGGUGGAUUAGGAUUAUUUGUUAAUUAACCUAUUCCUAAAGGAACAGUUUUAAUAGUUGAACAUCCAAUGCAUAAAAUAUAGGAAAAUUAAACACUUGGUACACAUUAAAGGGAUAAUAUUUAUGAAGAGAUUAGAUAAAAGGCAAUUAAUGAUAAAUAAUUUGCUGAAAGAUUAUUUAAAUUGUAUGAUGGAUCUAAUAAUUAUGCUGUUAAGCUGAUAAAAUAGGAUUUCGAAUAUUAACUCUAAAAUUAUAUUGUUGAUAUUAAUAGAAUUGAAAAUAUAUUUAGAUAUAAUGCACAUGCAUUUCAAUUAUUGAAAGUAUUCACAAAGAAUAAAUAAAUUAAAUAUUUAGAUUAGAGUGAAGGAUUAUGGUUCACAUUAUCUUAAGUUAAUCAUAGUUUAACUCCAAAUAUAUUUUAUUACUUUUUAGGAGAAUUAUUAAUUGUUGUCAGUGCUAAAAAUAUAGAAAAAGAUGAAGAAAUAUUAGUACAAUAUCAUCCACCUUUAAAUUAAAAAGAAUAUUAAAAUAAUUUGAAAUCUCACAAUAUUCCUAUGGAUUAAAGAUUAGUAUAAUAUAAUUAACAAUGGAAAAUGGAUGAUAACUUUAAUGAAAUUAAAACUAUAAUUAAAACUGUGAAAACAUCAAAAAAUCUAACAGAUCUUACAACAUAUACAUUAUCUAAUCCCAAUAUUAUUCAAUAGAUAAAAGAAAAAUAUCCUAUUAAAUAUUUAAAAAUAGUUUAAUAAGUUUGUUUUGAUCUUUUUUAAGUAAAAAGAAUUAAAGAAUACAUAAACCUAAAAUUUUAAGGAUUAGUAUUUCAAUUUGAUCAUUAUCCAUAAUGUUCAUCUAUAUAAGAUUUCUUUAUGUUUCUAACUGUUGUAUCAUAAGGUUAAGAAAUAGAAAAGGAAAUUGUGAAUUUUAUAUUUAAAGUAGGAAUUUUAAUGUUUGGUGAAGCAUUUUUGAAAAAUCAAAAUUCUGAAGACUUGAUCUUCUAAUUAGGAUUUAAACAAAUGAAAAAAUGA